GAUGUGACGAUAUGUUUCAACGAUAAAUCGGGUAGAAAGUUAGGGUUGGGAAUAAAGGAUUGUCAUCAUGCAGUGAUAGUUUCGCGUACGGAUCCAGGUUCUGUGGCGGCCGAGUUGUUGAAAAAAGGCGAUACGAUUACUAACAUUGAAGGUUAUAAAACAACGAAUAAAGACGAUGCUAGAUCGCUACUGCUCAACUCGUUAAAGGUUUUCGUUUUUAAUAUCUCCGUUCGCUAG